CCUCCUCCUCCUCCCUCCCUCCCUCCCUCUCGCUCGCUCCCGUGACGCACAGAUGCCGGAGUGGAAGCGACACGCGCGCUCAUCGACGACCGGAGACGGAGCGGAGGAGAAGAUCUCCCGGUGUUGCGUCCGCCUGAACGAUGCUCGGGCUGAGUCUGACCGCGGGCAGCAGGACCUAACAAAGAAAACAGGACUGCGGUCCAUCUGGACACUUUUUACUCUCCCCACUCCUUCGAUAAGAAUCCAAGUGUCCUCCACCUCUUGAUCGGUUCUCUCCCUCCUAGUCCGGGUUCCUUUCACCAGCGCGAUGUGGAAGACCGGGGUCCCGGUGCUGCUGUGGGUGCUCCUCGCGUCCGGAGAACUCCACCAGGAGACGGAGUCGCGGAGGCUGCCCCCUCCGGGGAGGUUGGAUUUCGGUUACGUGCCCGCGGGAGUUUACGAGACCCUGGCCCACUACGAACCGGGACCGAUCGGGAUCCUGUUCCACAUGGUGCACGCGUUCCUCUGUGUGGUGCAACCCAACGCGUUCCCGAAAGAUCUCAUUGUCAAACUGGCAACGGACAAGUUUGGAGCCAUUCAGGCGGAAUACCAAAAGCCACAGAACAUAGUGCUGACCCUUCAGGCCGUCUACUACGAGAUGGGCUUCCUGGUGUGCGCGGCGGUCGGCCUGCUGUUCGCCGUCCUGGUGCCGAUGAUCGGCGUCUUCUUCUGCAUGUGCCGCUGCUGCGACAACUGCGGCGGCGAGAUGCACCAGCGCCAGAGGAAGAACGCCGAUUGCCGCCGCGGCCUCCUGGGAACGCUGCUGUUCUCCACCUCGCUGGUCAUCACGAUCGGCGUGUUGUGUGCGUACUCUGCCAACCAGAACCUGAGCUCUCAGGUGAAGAACAUACGGCGGCUGGUGAACAGCAACAUGAGGGACCUGCACACCUUCGCCAACGACACGCCGAUGCAAAUCGAUUACCUGAUAUCCCAAUACGCCACGACCAAGAGCAAAGUCAUCUACGACCUGGACAAUAUAGGUCCAUUGUUGGGUGGAAGGAUACACGAUCAGUUGGAUCAGGAGGUCCAUCCGGCCUUGGACAGAGUGCUCAAUAUGGCUGGAGCCAUGCGAGAAACCAAGGAGGCCCUUGACAACGUCAACGUGGGCCUGGAGGUCCUCCAGGAGGGAACCGGGCGGCUCAACUUCAACCUGAGCCUGGUCCGGACCGGCAUCAACCGGACCCUCAGCGACCCGGGCUGCCGCGAUGAGGACUCGGACGCCACCACCGCCCAGCUGUGUCGCAACAUCCGCCAGUCGCUGUCCCUGCUGCAGAUCGGCGCCAACUUCACGCGGCUCCCCAAUGUGAACGCUCAGCUGGAAAAGAUGAACGACGUCCUGAGAACGGACCUCAGUGCCAUCGUCCAGCAGGGCUUCGCCUCGUUGAACGACACGCCUCGCACGGUGGUGGAACAGACCAGAAGUGUUGUGGAGAGUGUGCAGGGUCUGGUGGACGGCAUCGGCAAAAACAUCAGCAGGUUUUCCAAGGUGUUCCCCGUGCAGAGCUCCCUGUCCAACUUCACUGUGUUCAUUAGCCACGCCCACGCCAAGAUCGAGGACCUCUACCCCGACAUCGACAAGAUGGACUUCUACAGGUGGAUCGGCUGCAUUGGUCUCUGCUGCAUGGUGGUCCUCGUCCUGGCCUUCAACUACCUGGGCCUGCUGUGCGGCACGCUGGGCUACGACAAGCACGCCUCGCCCACCACGCGAGGCUGCAUCUCCAACACGGGAGGAACGAUGCUCAUGGCCGGCGUGGGCUUUACCGUCAUCUUCUCGUGGGUGCUGAUGGGAGUGGUGACCACCAUCUUCCUGGUUGCAGGAAACAUGGAGAAACUCUUCUGUGAACCCUUCCACACCAAAGACGUCUUCAAGGUGGUGGACACCCCUCAUCUGGUCAACCCAGACUGGAAGAACUUCAUCCCCGGCUACAUCUACAACGACUCCGACCUGGAGCUGACGGCGGAGAGCUUGUACAGCACUUGCAAAGAGAACAAAGGCAUCUACUCAGCCCUGCGUCUGGACAAGGUCUUCAACAUCUCCUCGUUCCUGAACACGACAGUGUUCACCAAGGAGGUGGUGAGUCAGCUGGACAGCGUCAGGAUCGACCUGAGGGGCAUCGUCCUGCUGGAGGCCGAGGGGAGGAGGAACCUCCUGGACUUCUCUGAGGCGGGGCUGUCGGAAAUCAACUACGCCGACUACCUGGAAGAGGUCAACAAAGGAGUCACGGUGAUGGACCUGCUCUUAUUCGCCAGAGAGCUGGAGGCCCAGACGGACCUCAUGCCCAGAGGCGCUCUGCAGACCGCCCUGAAAGGCCACGCCGGCACGCUGCGGCAGAUCCACAGGCAACAGAUCGUCUCCAUGGAGCACGCCAUGAGCGCGUUGAACCAGAGUAUGAGGUUCCUGGAAAGAACCACCACAGAUCUGCCGAACAAAGUUUUAGCGGUUCUCGAUGCUAUUGAAGCGGCCCAGUACCUCAUCUCCCAGAAUGCAACACAUUUAAUCAAUCGGGAAACGGAAAGAUACACGGCGACCAUCGUUGGCUACUUCCAUCAAUACAUAGAAUGGGUCAAAACAUCAUUGGCUCUGGAGGUCGCACCAUGCAAGCCCUUCAGCAACAUGCUGGACACGGCGGAGAUCAUGACUUGCAGUUUCUUGGUUGACUCCAUGAACACGUUCUGGAUGGGCCUGGGCUGCAGCACCCUCUUCCUGCUCCCCAGCAUCAUUCUGGCUGUGAAACUAGCAAAGUUCUACCGCAGGAUGGACACGGAGGACGUUUACGAUGACAUUGAGACAAUUCCCAUGAAAACUAUGGAAAUUGGUAAUAAUGGUUAUCAUAGUGAGAGUCCACAAGGUAUCCCAAAUCCUAUGCUGACAAGCGUCCCUCCAUAUGACACUAUGAACAGGUUCCCGCGGGCCUCGGCUCCUCCGAGGCACAUCGACUGGUGACAGAGAGCCGGAGCUCUCGUUCUGGCUCCUGAAAGGUACCCGAAAGCCGAACCUCUGUUUUCUGAAACGCCGUUUUAAUUUUUUUACCUUCUCCAUCCUCGAUCUCUCUUCUGCGCCGCCGUCAGCUCCGCCUCCAUCCCCUGUUUCUGUGUUUUUCUGCCCCUCUAACCCAACUCUCUCUCUAACACUUCUUCACAGCUGGUUUUAGUGCUUUUCUGCUCACAGAUUGACUUUGCAGGAAAACCACCAUGGUGAGAAAAUGCUAAUUCUGGAAUCCCUAACGAACCGUGAAUGUCUUCACGGCGUUUGUGUCUGACGACGUGUGACCGCUUUAAUGCACUAAUCUGCUUUUUGUGAUGUUGUGAUGCUGAUUGAGAACAUCAUUUGCUUCAGAUCCUGAAUAUCACAUGAGAUGUACAGCAUUUUGGGAUAUAGCGUUUAAUAUCUGGACAAAGCAGGUUUUAUAAGACUACUUUAUCUAUUCUGAUUACUAUAUAAUAUAUAUUUUCCCAGUAGCAUGGAGUUCCUUGAGAGACUUAAGUGACUGCACUCUUGUGUCUGUUGCUUCACAACACAGCCCGAGCUGGAAUAAUCUCCUGGGCCAUUCAAGAGAAGAGAAAAAACAAAACAAUGCAUGAAUUAAACCCUUACUUGAUGAAUCUAAUUAAUAUUUCUUUAAUAUUUGCCUUCCCAGUGCCCUCGAAAACUGGAACUGAAACGCACCAUCGCUGUUUGUCUCGAGCCCCUCGGACCAUAAAAAGCUGGUUUCUUCACAACAGAAGAGGAACACACAAAUCCUUUUGUUGUUUUUUAUUUGUUUUUUUAUAUGUAGCUCAACUCAACCUCCUCAAACAGGCAGAUAACAGGACAGCUAAAUGCUCCCCAUCCGAGGAACUCUGCCUGCGGGACACGAGACUCUUCUCUCUCAGCGUCAAUCUGAGCCGGGCUUGUUCUGCAUCUUUUUCUUCUGCAUCUUUAUUUUUUAAAGGACUGACUUGUCUGCGUUUACAUUUGUUCAGACACAAAAAAAACAGCUGAAAAAAACACAUUCAGCGAGAGGACGGUGACAAUAACUGUGAUGCCUGUUCAUAUCAAUGUUCUCCUUCGCGCUUGAGAAGAUGGCCGGCUGAAAGGUCACCCGAAGGUCACGGCGACCUGGUAGACGAAGCUUCUUUUUUCCCCACCUGCUCUGGAUGUAUCGUAUUCGACCCAAAACAGCGGAACGUCGAGGAAAAAGGUCCAAGUUAACGUGACAUUUAAGGCAUGACAAUUUUUUAUUCUGGUUGGUUCCGGAUGGCACGUCCGUUGUUACUGCAGCGCGUGUGAGGCGGUGGGUCUGAACGUUGUUUUGCUGGAUGAUUUGAAAAAAUAAUACAGAAACAGGUAGAUUUGUAUGAUUAGAAUAAAGAAAUUUCGCAUGACUUAAAAAUAUAUAUAUAUAUAUAUGUUUACACUAUUACAGAACAUUCAGACGUCUUUGCUGGUUGUUGAACGGAUUGCAAAUGACCGGUUGCCUUUCAGAACUUUGUUUCAUGCAGUUAUUUUAUUUUUUUUACAGAUAUGCUCUUUCUAAAAAAGGGAAAAUCCACUCACAGAUGCAAUAUUCUGUGAUACAGUUGUUUGUGUUCUUUACUCCCCCACCCCUCAAAUAAUAAGUUUAUUUUUAAUUUUGUCAGGUCUUUAUUCCUUACGUUUCCCAGAAUGCAUUUAAACAAUCAGAAAAUUACACAAAAUGAAGUGUGGGACCAUUUUUCAUCAAAGUGACUUUUUGCUGCUUUCUGGUCAAUAUAUUUAUUUUUUAUUUGUAUUGCUAAUUUUUUUUUUUUACGAAAUCAGGAUGAUUUUGUCUCGAAAUUCUUUAAAAUUAAGCAAUUUCUGGUUAUAGCCCCUCCUCACAAGUUGUGUAUGUCAAUGGCUGGUAAGAAGUUUAACCAAAGAGGGAUUUUCCCAACUUCAAUUGAGUCAUUUGAUUGGUUAAUGUGAACUGACAGCUUAAAAGUUAGACACAACACAAUAUUCUAUUAUUAUGGAAAUAUGAUUUUACGUUCCCGUCUCUUUAACACUAUUUGGAGCCUUCAAAUUUAUCGCGGGACCAUAAAGGGAGUUGGAAACUACUGUUUUCAGCUAAAAAGCAAAUCGGAGGGAGGACCCUCAAAUCACAACAACAUCAAUCAAAAGAAAUUGAUCACCAAAUACAACUUUACCAAUAACAUAUGUAUUUGAUGUGGAUUUUCACUUUAACAUAAUGUUAGAGCUAUAACUUAAUAUUUCACAGGCUGAUAGAUGGUUCCCGAGCUAACAACAACACUAUAAUGUUGAGUUCACUAACAUGUGUACUGAGAUUUAGUGAUGAUGCGUUUAAAGUGGAGAAAUACUUUCUCAAGCCAAAUUGGGAUUUUUUUUUAAACUGUAGGUCUCAGGUCUUUAGUGGUCUAUCAGUAAAGUGCUUAUUCUGCUUUAAAAACCCACAGUAGCUAUGGAUACAUCUUUUUGUAACUAUACGGAACGAGUGAAUGUAUUCGAGCUAUAUCUUUUAUUUUGAAUAACUUGAUGAUGUUGGCUGAGAAAUAUGCUGAACUCUUUAUCACUUGACGCAACGGGCAAGCCAAUCUAGUCGUCCCAACCCCUUUUCGCCUCCAUGUUUACGGGUUAGAUUUAGACAAUCCAAUCACGGGACAGUUCAAAAAGUAGAAAGCCAGUAGAAAGCUUAAUGGUUUGCAAGGUGGAUGGUGUUGAUGCAUCGUGAAAAAUGUCCAUCGUAACAUUUUAAAAAGUUGUAUUUAGCGAAUUGUCUUUUAAAAAGCCAUCAUAUCUUGCAGUACCAUUGUGUAACUUUACUGUACUAAAAUUGUCAAUAAAAUGAAAUAAAUGUAAAGUACAUUUCAAUGUACAUUUUCACUAUUUUGGUGAUUUUUUUUUUUUUAAACGCUGACACAAACUCAAAGUAGCUUUUGGAUCUCUUAAAACCAACGAAUAAGCACAGAAAACAUGUAAUCUGCUGAACUUCAUUUACCUUUAUUACAUUGUGUUGUAAACUAACACAAUGGAAAACUAAUUUCAGGAAUUAAAAGGUAAUUUUAAUAAUUUCACAUCAACGUUAGCUAGCAGAUCAACGUUAGCUAGCAGAUCAACGUUAGCUAGCAGCUAAAGCUAGAAAGCUAUCUGUCGUACAUACAGUAGGUCAUAUAAUGAACCUCAUGUACUUGUAUUACAUUGAUUUUAAACUAACAACACAAUGGCAAACUAAUUUCAUGAAUUAAAAGGUCAUUUUAAUCAUUUCAGAUCAACGUUAGCAAGCAGCUAAAGCUAGAAAGCUAUCUGUCUUACAUACAGUAGGUCAUAUAUACGUGUACAUGAAAUAGUACUGCAUAGAACUACUAUAGUAUAUGUAAUAGUACAAUAUACACAGCAUACUGUAUAUGUAGUAGUACACACUGUCUGCCGGCGAUCUGGAUAAAGUUUAACAUGGCGCUAAUUUAAAACGGCUUUAGUUAGUAUAAAAUGAGCUCAGAGUUUUUAUUUACUUUUUCUUGUUAAGAUGGACAUUUUUUAAGUACAGUGUGCUCACUUCACAGGACUGUCAUUCUUGUCUGCUAGCAUCUGGAUUUUACUUUUUAAGUGCUUAAAAUAGAUACAUCAGCAACUGGUUUGACCUGCGUCACUGACGGAGCCAUAGCAGCGUCCUAUAUGGUGGCAACGAGUGUAUAAAAUGUGAAUAAACUUUGAAAUUCAA